UGCCGCGCAUGCGCAGCUCAUUCAGCGAGCUGACAGGCGCAGCGACGGGACUGAGGCGGCGGCCCUCGGGAAGCGCUUAUGAGGGGCGGGGAUUGAAGCGGGGCAGGCCGGCAUGGAGAGCCACGGAGCCGAGGAAGGGCUGGGGAAGAUGAACCCCAAGCGGGGCGGCGCCUCGGGCCCAGAGGACGAGAGCAAGAACAAGCCCAAGCUGAACCUUCAGAUUAAAACUUUGGCAGAUGAUGUGCGUGACAGAAUAACCAGUUUUAGGAAAUCAGGUGUCAAAAAGGAGAAACUUUUGAUUCAACAUCCCAUUGACGCACAAACAUCUAUAAAUGAACUGCCAGUAGCUCAGCCACUGUUUGAUGAGCGCUCAAUGAAUUUAUCAGAAAAGGAAGUUAUGGACCUAUUUGAAAAAAUGAUGGAAGACAUGAACCUGAAUGAAGAACGCAAAACUCCUUUACGGAAUAAAGACUUGACCACAAAACGCGAGAUGGUUGUCCAGUACAUUUCCGCAACUGCCAAAUCUAUUAUUGGAAGUAGAGUUCUGGGAGGCCUGAAAAAUAGUAAGCACGAGUGCACUCUGUCCUCCCAAGAAUAUGUCCAUGAACUGCGGUCUGGUAUUUCAGAUGAAAAACUUCUCAACUGCUUGGAAUCCCUGAGGGUUUCUUUAACAAGCAAUCCAGUCAGUUGGGUUAACAAUUUUGGACAUGAAGGACUUGGGCUUCUUUUGGAUGUUCUUGAAAAACUGUUGGAUAAGAAACAGCAAGAAAAUAUUGACAAGAAGAACCAGCAUAAACUAAUACAGUGCCUCAAAGCAUUUAUGAAUAAUAAGUAUGGACUGCAAAGAAUCCUGGGAGAUGAAAGAAGCCUUUUUUUACUUGCCAGAGCAAUUGAUCCAAAGCAACCAAAUAUGAUGACAGAAACAGUAAAAAUACUUUCUGCCAUUUGUAUUGUUGGAGAAGAAAAUAUCCUGGACAAAAUUUUAGCAGCUAUAACAACUGCAGCUGAGAGAAAUAAUAGUGAACGGUUCACUAAUAUUGUUGAAGGUCUUGAGAACCAUGACGUUUUGCAGUUACAGGUAGCCUGCAUGCAGCUCAUAAAUGCCUUUGUCACUUCUCCUGAAGAUCUUGAUUUUAGGAUACACUUGAGGAAUGAAUUUCUGCGCUGUGGGUUAAAGAAAAUACUGCCAGAUCUGAAGGAGAAGGAGAAUGAAGAACUCGAUAUUCAGCUGAAAGUGUUUGAUGAAAACAAAGAAGAAGAUUUACUUGAAUUGGCCCAUCGCCUCAAUGACAUCAAAGUUGAAAUGGACGAUGUAAAUGAAGUUUACCACCUGCUAUACAACAUGUUGAAAGAAACAUCAUCUGAAAGCUACUUCCUAUCCAUUUUGCAACAUUUUCUACUCAUCAGAAACGAUUACUAUGUUCGCCCUCAGUAUUACAAGAUAAUAGAAGAAUGUGUUUCGCAAAUAGUAUUGCACUGUAGUGGUAUGGAUCCUGACUUCAAAUGUAGAGGGCGGUUGGAUGUAGAUUUCACUCAUCUCAUAGAUAGCUGUGUGGACAAAGCAAAAGUAGAAGAGAGUGAGCAAAAAGCUACAGAAUUUUCCAAAAAGUUUGAUGAAGAGUUUGCAGCUCGGCAAGAGGCACAAAGUGAGCUUCAAAGACGAGAAGAGAGGAUCAAAGAACUUGAAGCUGAAAUUCAGCGGCUACGUUCCCAGGCUCCUUCAUGUUCGAGUGGCUUACCUCCAGGAGGCAUCCCUCCUCCACCACCACCGCCUCCUCUUCCUGGUGGUGCAACCCCUGCUGCGUGCCCACCACCGCCUCCACCGCCACCAUUGCCUGGUGGUUUGCCGCCACCACCACCGCCACCUCCUCCUUUGCCUGGGGGGGCCAUACCACCACCGCCUCCCAUGCCUGGAGGUCCUCCACCACCACCGCCUCCCUUUGGUGGUGCCCCUCCUUUAGGAACUGUGCCACAGCUGCCUUUUGGAAUGACGCCUAAGAAGAAAUACAGUCCUGAAGUGUCUAUGAAGAGAAUAAAUUGGACAAAGGUUGAACCACAAGAAAUAUCAGAAAACUGUUUUUGGCUAAAAGCUAAAGAAGAAAAAUUUGCAAGUCAAGAUCUUUUUGCAAAAUUGGCACACACUUUCGCUACACAGAUGAAGGUUAAAAAAGCAGUUGAGGGUACAGAAGAAAAGAAGAUAGCCAUGCCUAAGAAGAGAGCUAAAGAGUUAAGGGUUUUGGAUGGGAAGACAGCACAGAAUUUGUCCAUUUUCUUGGGGUCUUUCCGCAUGCCUUAUGAUGAAAUUAAAAACAUUAUUAUAGAAGUAGAUGAAGACAAACUAAGUGAAGCAUUGAUUCAGAAUUUAGUUAAAAACCUCCCUGAACAGAAGGAGCUCAGUGCCUUAGCCGAGUUGAGGAGUGAAUACGAAGACCUCUGUGAACCGGAACAGUUUGGGGUUGUGAUGAGUUCAGUUAAAGCGUUGCGGCCUCGUCUGAAUGGCAUCCUUUUCAAGCUAACUUUUGAAGAGCACAUAAAUAAUAUCCGGCCUGGCAUUAUGGCAGUAACAAUGGCCUGCGAGGAGCUGAAGAAGAGUGAAAGCUUCAGUAAGAUGUUGGAACUUAUGUUGUUGAUUGGGAACUAUAUGAAUUCUGGCUCAAGAAACGCCCAAUCAUUGGGCUUCAAUCUUAGUUUUCUGUGCAAGAUUAGAGAUACGAAAUCGUCAGAUCAAAAAAUGACACUCUUGCAAUUCUUGGCUGCCAUUUGCGAAGAAAAAUAUCGGGACAUCUUAAAAUUUCCAGAUGAGCUUCAGCAUGUGGAAAGUGCAAGCAAAGUUUCAGCUCAGAUUCUUAAGAGCAGCCUUGAUUCUAUGAAACAGCAAAUAGAGCGUUUGGAAAGUGAUAUUAAGAAGUUUCCGAAAACAGAAGAUCCACAUGAUAAAUUUGUUGAGAAGAUGUCCAGCUUUGCGAAGAGUUCCAGAGAGCAGUACGAAAAAUUAUCAAACAUGCACAACAACAUGACUAAAUUAUAUGACUGUUUGGGGGACUACUUCUGUUUUGACCCAAAAGCAACGAGCAGUGAAGAAUUCUUUGGGGAUCUAAGUACAUUCAGGAUCCUGUUCUUGGAAGCGCUGAAGGAAAACAACAAAAGAAGAGAGAUGGAAGAAAAGAUUAAGCGAGCCAAGCUUGCAAAAGAGAAAGCUGAACGUGAAAAGCUGGAGCGGCAACAGAAGAAGAAGCAGCUAAUUGACAUGAAUAAAGAGGGCGACGAGACAGGCGUGAUGGAUAAUCUUCUUGAGGCGCUGCAAUCUGGGGCAGCAUUCAGGGACCGCAGGAAGCGAAUGCCAAGAACUCCAGAUAACAGACGAGUUACUUUGGAAAGGUCGCGUUCCCGCCACAAUGGAACGAUCACAGCGGUAUGAAUUCAUGGCUUCCAUUCCAUGCCAAAGAACUUGGGAAGGUUUUAUUUGCUAUAAAUGGAGACUAGAUGAAGAAUGUCUGAAGGAGCAACCCUGCUUGAGAAAUGAAAUUCAAAUGAAGUCCAGGGAACAAGAACAAUAAAUACAUAUUUUCACAAAUAUUAUUUGUGCAGGAGAAAAAAAACUGAUUGGCUAUAUGUAGCACUGUAGACAGUGUUAAAAUAUAAGGCUCUCUCUUGACUACCUUAGUAUUAAAGUUGUUAAAUUGGGAACUAAGGCACAGAUUAGUAUAUUUUGUGCAGUUUCCCAUAUUUUCUUUGGGAGAUACACAACAAAUCUGUGCCUAAAGAAAAAUGUACAUGAAUUUACAUUAUUCCAACAUAAAUUUGAUACGAAACUGACCAACAUUACAGAUCAAAUCCAUGGCAGGAGUCCAUCUGUAGCCUUGUUUUGACAUGAGAGAGAGAAAAAUGUAUUUAUGAAUUCAAAUGUAAGUUCAUAUUCCAUAAAUAUACAUUUUAUUUUAAACUUGAGAAAACACUGUAUAGACCCCAUCAGUUUCCUUGGAAACUUAUCUCAAGUUUCAAACAUGAUGGAUUCAACUACGUAUUAAACUUUUAUCACAAAUCUAUAGCCACACUGUAUAAAGAUAUAUAGCUUAUCACUGCUAAAAUAAAAUAAAAAAAUAAGAACAACAGCAUAGGAUUGUACCAAAGUUAAACCAUAUCAUUUGCAGAAUAUGUUUUUAACUAUAUUUAAAGAUGUAUUUUCAAAGUAUGCACUUAUAAAAAAAAACUUUAUAUGGCUAUUUUGAGGAAAGAAAUCUUAUGUAUUUUGAAGGGUCCCAAAUCCCCUUGUGUUUGUUUAAGCUUUCAGAGACAUAAUCUACUACGAUGACAGUAAUCAGAAAUAUAUGUAUUAUCUCGUGGUAUCUGCUGCGGUUUGGUUGCAGGAUCCCCAGUAGAUACCAAAAUCCAUGGAUGCUGAAGUCUCAUUAUAUACAACAAUAUAAUAAAUGCAUAGCAUAUAUAGAGAGAGAAAACUUGUGGAACCGUAAAACGGUGGAAGGCAACAGCAAGAGUGUCUUCACAAAUUUUGCUUUUGGGCAAAAACAAAAAUAAAAUAUUGGUUGAAUCCAUGGAUUCAGAACCUGUGGAUACGGGGACCAACUGUCCUUUAAAAAGCUCUGACAACCCAUAUGCCGAUGACCCAGGUGGAGAGCUAAAAUACUAACAGCACAAAAAUAGUGCCAUAUCCACUAAUACUGGGUCUUUUGGUUGUUUUGGCACAGGUUGCUUUCAAGCAAGCCCAAAGUCUUUCAAGCUGAUUCUGCUGAUGUAAAAAAAACUGCACUGUAAAUGUGUUUUACUACCUCUGUCUCUGUCAUUCACUCACUCACUAAUUGACUCUUUCUCUCUCUCUCGAUUGCUGUGUGUGUGUGUCUUUCCCAAGGAGGGAUUUUUGCUUUUGUCGUUGUGAACGAGAGACACUUAGAUGCGCAAAAAAAUAUAUCUUCCAACAAUUACAGUCACUAGUAAGUUUACAGAAGGCAUGUUAGUAAGGCAUUCCGUCACCGAGGGUGUUGGUAGGCGAGAGGGAAUUUCAUAUCAGAUCGUAUAUUCAAAACUCAGGUAAACCAGGAACAAGCUGUCGAUCACUUGUUCUAUUUCCUUCGCCCGAGUUUUCACAACCACUCCGAUAUGCAGCAGACGAUGUUAUUGCAUUUGGCUGUAGGGCACGCACACACAAAUAUGGGAAGUAUACAAUGUUCUGCAUGCAGUCUACUGACAUUUUCUGAACCACUGUUUAUCUAAUGCCUUUGCAGUAAGUAAUAUAUGUCAUAUUAAAACCAGUUGCCCAAAAAUUCUUGUGUUACCUACUGAGUUGGUUGCAUUUUAAUGGAAUUCUGAAUCUAGCAUAAAGAAAAAGGAGAUUCAUAAUUCCACUUUUGUCCAAGGAAUAAGGUGGCCGGCCUAUUUGCACAAAACCAGUAUUAGGUACAAAGCACCUUAACUUAAGGUUGUGUUGCCUGCCGUGGUUAUUUUUGGAUGAGAAACCCUUAACGGUUACUAGCAGUAAGCAGGAACUGGGAAAAAAUCAAUUCUUAAGUAUUCCUUGCAGUAGAAAACACUAUGAUAUGCAUGAGGUCACUAUAAGUCAACAGGCAACUUGAAGGCUCCUAUAUACGCAGAGAGACAACGUAAAUUCAAAUGCAUGGAAAUGAAAUAUUCUCCCUGGAAGGCCUUUAGACUCUUUCAUUUCCAUACAUUUAUCACACUAAUUUCCUAGGAUAUGGUUUAGGGCUUGUUCUUCAACGUUGACCUACCUCCCCUAUGACAGAUGGCUCUUUCAAACACCACCACAGUCAUGGUAAAUUAAUCAUUUUAUUUCCCACUCAGUAGGAAUUUAUUCCUACUCUAAAAUAAGGUAAGGGUAAAGGUAAAGGUUUUUCCCUGACAUUAAGACUAGUCGCUUCUGACUCUGGGGGUUGGUGCUCAUCUCCAUUUCUAAGCUGAAGAGCCGGCGUUGUCCAUAGACACCUCCAAGGUCAUGUGGGUGGCAUGACUGCAUGGAGUGCUGUUACAUUCCCACCGGUGCAGUACCUAUUGAUCUAUUCACAUUUGCAUGUUUUUGAACUGCUAGGUUGGCAGAAGCUGGGGCUAACAGCGGGUGCUCAUUCCGCUCCCCGGAUUCGAACUUGCCACCUUUUGGUCCGCAAGUUCAACAGCUCAGCGUUUUAACACACUGCGCCACCGGGGGCUCCAAUCUAAAAUAAACGGUUACAUUUUCUUCUUUUUUUAAAAAAAAACCUAUCUAAUUUAUAUUUUCCGGCUCCUGUGUUUAGAUUGAAGAUACAUCUAGCACAUAAGGGCAAAAUGGUAACAUAUUUGGAUAGGAAAAAAAAACAUGUUUUUGAAUGUGUAGAUUUUUGGAACAAUGCAUCAAAGCGGAUAAGAUGGCACCAGUAAUUUAAAAGCCAAACUAUUAAAGAAGUUUCCAGAGAAUCUGACCACCUUAAUAUAUUGCAAGGAAACCAGCAUGGUGUAAUGGUUUGAGAGUUGGACUAGAACUUUAGAGGAUUGGGUUCACAUUGGGAAGGAUUGUAUCAAAGUAAGGCAAAAGGCAUAUCUUGAACAUCUCUUGCCAAGAAAAUCUUGUAAUGGGGUCGCCUUUGGGUCGCCAUGAAUCGGAAAUGGCCCGAAAGCCAUAAUGACCACGGCAUCAUUAUGACUCCAGCAUUUCCCAUUUCCGAUGCUUAGCAGUUAGGCAGAUUUAUGAAACAAAGUCUCACAAUGAGCAAAUCCAAAAAAGGACCUAAAACGGUCUUGAUAUUUCAAGUUUAACCAGCUCAUGCGUUUUGUACCAUGUUUGGAAUAUUUUGUGUAAUUUAUUGGACAUGUAUCUUAAUUAAACAAAGGAGGGAAGAGACGUGGAUAAGAUAUCUUGUAAAUACAGGGUGCUAAUAUUUAUAGAAUCUACAAACUUUUCUAAAUUUUACAUUGGGUCAUUGAAUCUUUUGCUCUUUGUUUUCCUUGAAAAUGCAAGCUUUUUUAAAAAAAAAACAUUGCUUUUUCAUAAUAAUGUGAUUCCUCCGACCGAUGAUAUAUUUUAUGACCUAGUAAAGAUGUGUUUUGGAGGUCGUAGCACCUUUUUCCUGAAUUGCACUUAAAAAGAAGCCUCCUUCCUCCCCCCGCAAAAAAGAAGCAAGACUUGGAUAGUAAACACUGGAAUUUUUGGCAAUCGUAAAACUUACAUAUUUUAACACAAAGAUGCAUUUCCAAUACUGCAGAACAUUAUUGUGCAUUAAAUCAAUAAAUGAAAUAUAGCAUUUGCACGUUUUGUAAGUUACGUUUUUUCAAAACUGUUUACAAACCUUUUUUAAAAAAUGUCUAGAUGUAUGGAAUAAAGAUAAAUUCUGAUAACUCGCA